GACUUGUCAUUCACGCUGCACCGCGAUUUGACACUUAAAUAACCCAUGGAUUCUAUAUACUGACCGUGUCAACGUCGAGAACAGCUCAGGGAGGAAGGAGGCAGGGCGAGUCUAUAUGUUGCGACUGUGACCAUUGAGGAGGGAUAGAGCAGAGGCAUACUAGGGAUUGAAGAUGGCUCAGAAGUGAACGCAACCUGUCACUACCAUCAUCAUCAACAACAACCACAACACCACUACUACUACUCUGUGGCGCGAAUUGCAACUCACCAGGCUCUAAACAAGGGAAGCCAAGCAAAAUUCCAAGACAAAGAACGCUGGAUCCCCCAGCAAGCAAGUGCAUUCGAUCAACCUUCCUCGACAUUGGAGGUCCACUUAAGCUCAGCACGGUGGGGGGGAAGCAGAUACAAACUCUAUCUCAUCAUGUCGCGCCGGUCACCACUCUCUCUCGCCUCGCUAUUGAUGAUCCCUGCCAUUCAGACUUCCAUCCUGUCUUCUCUUCCACUUCAUGUAUCAGCCUACAUCCCAGCUGUAGCGGUCAACGACACGACAGCGCUCAAUAUGACGGACCUAUCGACCAUUUCAAUAGCUUGGACAGAUCCCCCAGGUGUUUAUUCAGGCUCAGUGUCAUAUCAAUUGCAAGCUGAUGUUUCGACUGGCGGCACGACUUCUGGCGCCCUGGUACAUUUCUCAGAAAGUACAAUGGGACCGAAUCGAACCACCACGACUCCUUGGAUAGCAUAUGUCAGUUGUGAUAAGAACGAGACCGGCGACUCGAUGGAAUGGGACAUCUUCACCCUCGCCAGGGACCGCGGUGCCGUGUCGGCAUUACUGUACACUUCGACAUCCCAAUCGUGUCUUCUAAAUCAGGACUACAUUCAGAAUUUCGAAAAGCCUUUGGACGUGUUCGCAACGGAGACAGUCCAAGUCGCGAGGGUUAUCGAUAACCAAUGGACACAUACCAACAACUCGUUCUACUGGUUCAACGGGACAUUAUUAAACAUCAGUGGGACAGCAGUCAACGAAUCUCUCGCAGGAAAUAGCCCCGAGCACCGGACGUAUCUUAUCGGCACUCUGACCGCACGCAAUUCUACUGGGCAAGCCCAACCUACUGAGAUUCCGAAUCCUCAACCGUCGGCCAGCAGUCCCAGCGGCGGUGGUCCACCUGGAUCAAUGAUCGCUUUGUACGUCAUUCUAGGUAUCAUCUCCAUCGGCUUUCUCCUCAUGCUCUUUCUCGGAGCGAGACGAGCUCUACGACACCCGGAACGAUAUGGCCGACGCGAGGCUUCAGAUGAGCAAGGGCCUCAGACGGCGGCUAGAGGAUUGGCGCAGGCCAUUUUGGAUACGUUUCCAAUCAUCAAAUUCGGUCAGACGCCUGGAGCAAACGGUGCCAUGCGUCGAAAAUCGCUCUCUUCCGAAGCGUACCCCAUGCAGCUUACUUUACCAAUGUACGGCAAUACCGAUCGUGGUGCGGAGGGUGAUAGCGUCGCUGUCAAAUCGGUGUUCUCAGAUGACGAUUCUGUGUCGUUACAAGGGCCGUCUGGCCGUGAAUCAAUGGCUGGAGAAGACGAGUCCAAUGUCCACGUUGCCGGAAGCAUGGUGUCAAGUCAUGGGCCCAUGAGACAUUCACGAUCAAGAUCAAUCCUCACUCCCGAGGGAUCACGGCGAACCUCAAAAUUGGACUUGCAUCAACCCCACGGGUAUGCUGGCGAGCCGAGAGAAUCUGGAGAUGAUGCUAGACCGGUUCGGGCGAGUCAUGGGAGCGCGCCAGUGGACGCGACGGAUGAAGCAAUGUUAGAUCAGUGUCCCAUCUGUUUGGUCGACUUUGAAGAGGGGGAUGAUCUCAGAGUGUUGCCGUGUGAAGCGGAACACGUUUACCAUCAGGGUUGCAUCGAUCCAUGGCUGCUUCUAGUUUCUGCCAGCUGCCCCCUGUGUCGCAAGGACUUCAACCAACCUCUGACAUCUUCGCCUCCCGCAACGACUGAGACACCUCAGCCUCAUACCCCUCCUUCCGCUUCUUCUGCUAAUUCGUCGGGCCCACCAACCCAGUCUGGAUUCGCCAAAUAUUUGGCCUUUAUGCGCAGAGAAAGAGGUCCAUUCAGUGCGAAUCACGGAUCCAACGACAGUGCUCGGCCUUCCCCUUCCUCGACCUCGCGUCGAUCACGCGCGAACACGACUGCGACGAUAGAUCCAGGUGUGGGGCCUGGAAGGAGGAGAGAAGCUGACCAGACGGGACCUGGAGGUUACUAAGGAUGGGACAGCCGGGAGGAGUGAGCGAAAAGUGUAUCGCUAGAAAAAUUUACACAUAGGUAGACUGGGUUCUGUGGGUCA